CCAUCCCCAGGCCGCCGGUGGCGGUGCCGGUGCCGGUGCCGCCCCCCGGCCGCGCCCGCCCCCUCGCUGCCCCGGCGGCCCGGCGGUGCGGCAGAGCCGGCGGGGCUAUGGCUGCGGAGGAGGUGCUGCAGGGCGCCGACCACUACAAGAGCGAGAUCGAGCGGCUGACCCGGGAGCUCUCCGAGACGACCCACGAGAAGAUCCAGGCGGCGGAGUAUGGGCUGGUGGUGCUGGAGGAGAAGCUCACCCUCAAGCAGCAGUACGACGAGCUGGAGGCGGAGUAUGACGGCCUCAAGCAGGAGCUGGAGCAGCUGAAGGAGGCAUUCGGACAGUCCUUCUCAAUUCACCGUAAAGUGGCUGAAGAUGGGGAAACACGUGAAGAGACUCUCCUCCAGGAGUCUGCGUCAAAAGAAGCUUAUUACCUGGGGAAGAUUUUGGAGAUGCAGAAUGAGCUGAAGCAGAGCAGGGCGGUGGUUACCAACGUUCAGGCAGAGAAUGAGAGACUCACUGCUGUUGUCCAAGACUUGAAAGAGAAUAAUGAAAUGGUAGAACUGCAGAGGAUACGAAUGAAAGACGAAAUUCGAGAGUACAAAUUUCGAGAGGCAAGGCUCCUGCAGGACUACACUGAACUUGAAGAAGAAAAUAUCACUUUGCAGAAGCUGGUGUCCACUCUGAAACAGAACCAAUAUUAUGAAUGUUCUUUGUCUUGUCUAAUUCAGGUUGAAUACGAAGGCUUAAAGCAUGAGAUUAAACGAUUUGAGGAGGAGACAGUGUUGCUUAACAGUCAGCUAGAAGAUGCCAUCCGGCUGAAGGAGAUUGCAGAGCAUCAGCUGGAGGAAGCCUUGGAAACUUUAAAAAAUGAAAGGGAGCAAAAGAACAAUCUGAGAAAGGAACUCUCCCAGUAUAUCAACCUCAAUGAUAGUAUGUAUAAUAACCAUAUUAAUAUAUCAGUAGAUGGAUUAAAGUUUGCAGAGGAUGCGAGUGAGCCCAACAAUGAUGACAAAAUGAACGGACAUAUCCAUGGGCCUCUUGUGAAACUCAAUGGUGACUACCGAACUCCCACGGGUAGGAAAGGAGAAUCUCUGCACCCCGUCUCCGACCUCUUCAGUGAACUCAACAUAUCAGAAAUACAGAAACUGAAGCAGCAACUCAUGCAGGUGGAGAGAGAGAAGGCCAUUCUCCUGGCCAACCUACAAGAGUCUCAGACGCAGCUGGAGCACACGAAGGGAGCCCUGACUGAGCAACAUGAGCGAGUCCACAGGCUCACGGAACACGUCAAUGCCAUGAGGGGGCUGCAAAGCAACAAGGAGCUAAAAGCAGAGCAUGACUGUGAGAAGGGCCGAGAUUCUGGCGAGGAAGCACAUGACUAUGAGGUGGACAUCAAUGGCUUGGAGAUUCUAGAAUGUAAAUACAAAGUAGCUGUUACAGAGGUGAUAGACCUUAAAGCAGAAAUCAAAGCCUUAAAGGAGAAGUAUAAUAAAUACGUGGAAAACUACACUGAAGAGAAGGCCAAGUAUGAGAGCAGAAUCCAGACAUAUGAUGAACAGGUGACAACCCUGGAGAAGUCGACCAAGGAAAGCCAGGAAAAAAUGGUCCACAUGGAAAAGGAAUUACAAAGGAUGACAAGCAUAGCGAAUGAAAACCACAAUACCCUCAACACCGCCCAGGAUGAGUUGGUGACAUUUAGUGAGGAACUGGCUCAGCUCUACCAUCAUGUCUGCCUGUGCAACAACGAGACACCAAACAGGGUUAUGUUGGACUAUUACAGGCAAAGCAGAGUCACCCGCAGCGGCAGCCUGAAAGGACCAGAUGACCCUCGAGGUCUCCUUUCCCCGCGGCUUGCCAGAAGGGGAAUGGCAUCGCCCGUAGAAGCCAGGACCCCAACCGAGCAGGUGACAAAAGAGGCUGUGGAGCCUGGCAAGGAGCAGAGCCCAACUAAAACACCUACAAUUUCCCCUGUCAUCACAGCCCCUCCUUCCUCCCCUGUCUCCGAUACCAGUGACAUUCGCAAAGAGCCGAUGAACAUCUACAACCUCAAUGCCAUAAUAAGGGACCAAAUCAAGCACUUGCAGAAGGCUGUAGAUCGGUCGCUGCAGCUGUCGCGCCAGCGUGCUGCAGCUCGGGAGCUGGCGCCCAUGAUUGACAAAGACAAGGAGGCCUUAAUGGAAGAGAUACUGAAGCUGAAAUCCCUCCUGAGUACCAAGCGGGAGCAGAUAGCAACCCUGAGAGCAGUGCUGAAAGCCAACAAGCAGACAGCUGAAGUGGCAUUAGCCAAUUUGAAGAAUAAAUACGAAAAUGAAAAAGCAAUGGUGACUGAAACCAUGACCAAGCUAAGAAAUGAACUUAAGGCUUUGAAGGAAGAUGCAGCAACCUUCUCAUCCUUGAGAGCAAUGUUUGCAACCAGGUGUGAUGAAUACGUCACACAACUGGAUGAGAUGCAAAGGCAGCUAGCAGCUGCAGAGGAUGAGAAGAAGACACUAAACUCUCUGUUGCGCAUGGCUAUCCAACAAAAACUUGCCCUUACCCAGCGACUGGAGGACUUAGAGUUCGACCAUGAGCAGUCCCGACGCAGCAAAGGCAAGCUUGGAAAGAGCAAGAUCGGCAGCCCUAAAGUAAGUGAGGAGGCAUCAGCCACCGUGCCAACCAUAGACACUUUCCUCCUGCAUAGUCAGGGCCCACAGCAACCAAACUUACUGGUCAGCAGUGGCACUCAGAGGAAAAGACUAUUCUCACCUUCCCUUUGUGAUCAGAGCCAUCCCAGGACUUCAGGGACCUACCUCCAGAAAUUAUUAAGAGCCCCCCCUCAUCCCGCUUCCACAGAAUCAUAUCUUCUGAGGGGCCCCCCUUCCAUGAGUGAAUUCAUCCAUGGGCACCGUCUCAGCAAGGAAAAAAGGUUAACCGUGGCCACACCAGUCCUAGUGCUCUUCCAGAAGAGCAGCCACAUUCCAGCUCUCAGUGUGCCCCUCUCAACUGUCUCUCUAAGCCUCCUCCUUAUCCCUAAUCUUCAUAUGCAACGUAAGAGAAAAUUCAAACAGAAUGGAGUUCACGCAACAAAGGUUUGGGUUGUUCCCAACAAGCAGGUAGACAAUCCUGCCUUGUUGCUGCAUCGGCAAGUCUGGAUUCAUAUCCACAGCUCUGGCAACUGAGGGAAGGUUGAGAAGAACACAAAGCACAGAGCCCAACCUAUCAAGAAGACUUUUUACGGUUCCUCUGAUUGUAUUCAAACUUUGCUAUCACAACUAAAGUAUAGUGAAAUUUAAUAUCUCAACAAAGUUAUUCCUCUCAGCUGCUUGGCUUUACCUCUGAUACAAUGAGAGACUUAAGCCAAUAUUAAAAAAAAAAAAAAAAAAAGUAUGUUACUAAAAUCCUACCCUCACAACCUCUAAGUUCAGCCAUAGGAACCAGUUCAAACUUCCUUUUGUCAUUAAGGGUGUGAUAUUUAUUUCUUACUUUAUUUGCACCAUAAUUUUGUGUUUAUAUAAUAGUCUUUUUUUUUGUGAGAAUUGUAUUUAAUUCAUUGUAUUUUUUAAAAAACAAGCAGAAAUAGCUUAAGCGAAGAAUGGCUGUGUUAAUAUUAAAAAGAGGCUUGUUGCAUUGGCCAGCAUAUGGCCAAUUCUUAUUGCACAAAAAUGCUGGCAAUGGGUGGAAUUGAAAUGUUAACAAUGACUGUAGAUUUUGCUGCUGCACUGAUAUUGUUUAUGCACUUGUUUUUUUUAAUUCCUAUUUCAUUAGCUUCUGGUUUUGUUCUAGCUCUUCACUGAAAGAUAAUUAUUAAGCCUAAGAAGGAGAUGAAAGGAUGAUGUAUUGAUUUGUUUUCAGUUGUUUGCUUGCAUUGUGAUUAUAUUUUUGCAUUUCAGACAAGUAGAUGAAUUGGUGCUGUUUUUUGGGGCUGCUUUCUAUUUGGUAUCUGAGAAAAAAAAAAUCUUAAAACAAGUAAAAUGUUGUGUGCUAAUUAAAAACAUUCUUUCCUCUUGCUCCCAUAUUCAGGAUACUAGCUUGAGGCCUUACUGUGAAAGGCUAGUAUGAAAAGCCAAGUUGUAGGCACUUCAAGUCAAGUAUUUUGUGGUGAAAUAACUGCUGCAGGUAGGGUUAAUGGUGGAUCAAAGUUAGCAGGACUUUACUGUAGUGCAUUUUUUCCUUGCCAAAAAUCAACAGAUACAGAACCUUAGCUAAUGUCAGUUUAUGACAAAUACUCAGGUGAUCUACGCUACGCAGACUCUAUCGCAACAGUGCACAGUGCUCCUAGUUAAGGAUUCUUUCCUGUAAAAGCUGAGUAAAUCAUUUAUUUUUUUGUUUGUUUGUUUGUUUAUUUUUAAAUAACGUGUUUCAGAACAAAACCAAGGAUAGCAGAAUUUAUUUUGCACAAUACCUGACAGCAAGGCAAGCGGCUAUGUAAGGUGUUCUGCAUAUGUGGGCUUCCUGUUUGGCCAUCAGCUAGAAGUCCUCAGUGCUGCCUAUUUGUUGGUAACUAGCAGACUCCUUGCUCAGUCAGGUGGCCUUAAUUUAUUCGUGGAAGAAAGGCUUAGAUAUUACCACAUCUUUAUUCCUUCCCUGCAGCAUGAGUGUGAUCUACAAGAGAGAAACACAGUACAGCCUUAGGUACAGAGCAGCUGGAAAUAAAAUGCUGCAGAUACGGUUGGAAUAAUUCUUCUAUAUUCUGCCUGAAUCUGAGAAAAUGAACUCAGUCUUCUGUUAGUAACAGUGCUUACCAAAUGUUACGAUACACAAAACAUCAGCAGAGGAAAGAAUCAGUGACCAAUCAGUGUGCCUAACAAUCAUUAUUUCCAUGGUACCAGUAAUGAAGGUGCUGUAAAUAGAAAUAUUCUAUGUAAUCAACUGUGUAUGUCAUACAGCCUUGGCAAAGCAGCUGAGCUAUUGUAACAAAACGUUCAGAGUCAAAGGUGGGGAAAAUAGGAACAGACUGAUAUCAAAUUCUAACCAGAUCAGACAAUACUCACCAGUGUUUCUGCUUAGGUUUCCAUGCAGUUCACAUGGUUCUUCUUGUAUACAUUUACAUAACUAUUUAGUAUCGUACUUAACUGAUGUGUUGUCUUGUCAUACAAAAGUCAAGUAAAACUUGUUCAGCUCUAUCAUAGUUUGACAUGGAGAUUAGCUGCUAUUUUGAUUUUUAUUAAAAUUUAAAAAAAUAAUAAAAAAUUGUCUGAGGCAAACGUUGCCUUCCAAGAGCACUUCACAAUUCUUGACAUUGCCAGACUGGUAUAGUUACCCAGUGGCAAUGUCUGUGUCCAACAAAGACAGCUCUGUAUAUUGUUAAACAAAAAAAGAAUUUGCAUUGCACAUUGAACAGAGUUACCACAGGCUGUACUUGGAAUAGUUUUUCCUAUUUUCAUAUCCAAAGCAAACAUUUGCCCUGAAUUUUAGUUAAACAGAAAUUCAGUGAAAUACAUUUCCUUUCUAUAUAGAUAUGAAUUUAUGAAAAAAUGAUAUAGUGGAACAUUUGUUUAGUAACGUAUUUGUUUCCGAUUGUAAUUUGCAGAGCAACUUUGGGAAACUGAAACAUUGUACUGGUAUGUCCACGUGGAUCAAGAGUUACAAAACAGCAUUUAAUGGUAUAGAAAUUGUGGUCCUGUUUUAUAGAAAUAAGUGGGUUUAUUAAAUUUUUUAUUAUCUUAAGCUUUAAAUUCUUCAUUUCUAAGUUUUCAAUUUGCAUUUUUUAAUAUGUAAUAAAACAAGUAAAUGUUGGAAAUUUAAGAGAACUAGAAACAAACCAACUUAAAUGUACAAAUGGCUGUAGUUAUUGCAUUGUAAGUUAUAAAACUGUGUAGGUCCCCGGGACAACUUUUGUCAGUUAACCAGUACAAAAUAAAAUACAUAUCUUGAACUUGAGAUGAUAAACUCUUCGUUAUUAUAUAGUGAUUGGUAGCAUGCAACUUUGUGAAAUAUUUUGUAGGAAAUAUUUACAUAGACAAAACCAGACACAAAAGGUUUUUUUGUUUGUUUUUGUUUGAGUUGCAAAAUAUUAUACUCUGUCUAUUUAAAAUUAAUUUAUGAUGUGGUGUUAUCUAUCCUGGUUUUUAAAGAUUAAGAUGAAAAGGACACAUAUAUUGCCUAAUGGUUGAGUAUACUCGGAACUGCUGAAAUGUGUCCUAAGCAGGAAAGAAGCAAUUCAAAUCCUGCUCUGACUUUCAUAUCUGAAAUGUAGUUUUUGUUCUCUGUGAUGGCCUUGAAAUUUCCUUGGAUUUAGAAUAGCCUUUUCAUUUCUACAGCAUUCUGUUUUGGGUUUUACUUUCCAAUGCAAUGGAAAAGAAUAUUGUUUGUUCAGUGAAAUGAUAAAAGUCUGGAAAUCCAGUUACAGGAAAUGUGUAGAAAUUUAAAAAAAAAAGAAAAAAGAAAAAGAAAAAAAAAAGAUUGCAAUAUAAGGGGAAAAGAUGUAAGAUAUAAUAGUAGGGAAAAUAUAUUUUCUAUCAGAAGGUUAAUAGAAGCUUUUACAGAAAGAGGGAAUAUUAUCAUUUCUCAUGCUAUUCAUAUGGAAGUUUCUGCCUUCUAUGUGGAGGCGAUAGUGAUAUUCUUUCUGAUUGACAGGUUGGCACCUCUGUGCUUGCUCCAUCCACAUUUUUCACGAUAAAUUAAUGUAACCAUAGCUGUACAGUAGGGCUCAUAGAGUGAACUAUAACUAAUGUAAUGCUGCAACUUUUAAUGCCAGGAUGACCUUCAGUUUACUUUUGAUUUUAAAAAAUUAGUAACUUGAUAACUUGUUUAAGCCAUUUACCAUAUUAAAGUGUUAACAGAAGGAUUAUGUUACAAAAUAUAACCUCACUUAUGCAACGUGACCUCACCUACAAAGGCUGCUUGUGCUAGUUAGGUUGCAAAUACCGAAGUACAGCUGUUUGUAAAAUAUGGACCAGUCCUCAUCAGGCUGGGAACAAUGCCCAGGAGCCUGGGCCCUCAUUUUGAUACCAACCUUAUUGCUCAGCGUGCCAUGCCAGUGUCAAGAGUUGCGCUGCCAGUUCUGCUAUAGCUGGAUUCAUCAUCACCAUCAGGUAUAGAUUGCAUCAACCCUUCUGAGGGCUGUUUCCUUUCUCUGAUGGAAGAUGUGCAGCCACAUAGGUUAUUGCAAAUUUCUCUCUACGUUAGGAAAUCUACGUUUGAAAAUGGCAGGCACUGAUAUUUUACCUUGGAAGUAAUGAUAAUCGCUAUACUUACCUCUUUAAAAAUUCCAGUCUUCACUUUUACUCAGUUUUCCUUUGCUUGCUGUGUGUGCAGUGAGUCUGAAAGGGAUAUACAGUAUUCAGACUAUUUUUAUCCAUUACGUUUUUUUUUAAUUAUUAUUAUUUUUAGUAUAAUUAAGCAUCCUGUGGAAAGAAACAAAAAAGCAAUUGCCUUUUGCCUUCAGGCAUAAAUGCAUCUAAAUAUGCAACGUAAAAUGCGUGCAUGAGAUUCUUAACAUCAUGUAGCUUUUCCAUAUCCAUAAUUAAGCUAGAAAAUUCUUAAUUCUUGUGUGAUCUGCAUAUUUCUCAUGUUAGAAAGGCAAGAGGACUAUCACUGACUCUGUAUCUUUCAUUCUGAGGUGCAUGGCUUAAAUCCGUAUUGGGUUUUAAUCUGUUUCCUGUGGAGUUCUUGAAAAUCCCUUUCAUGCAAUAUAAUGGCAAUUGAGUGACAAACUGACAAAAGGUAAAGCAAAAAUCCUAUAUUUCAUGACUGGAGUCAAUGUGCAAGCAGACUCUGGGUGACAGGGCUUUGUUUCAGAAGUGUCUUUCCAUGAAGCUCCAUAUUUGUUUUGAUUAUCAUUAUUUGCUGUAGAAGAAACAGUGGAGAAGAGUGGUUUUUUUUCUCAGCAUUUGUAAACCAAAUUAUACAGUUACUUGAUUUCAAGAGUAUUUUGUAAAUCAAUGAAAACAAGUUAUUGAUAAAAGUUUUGAGUAGACUGGCUUGCUAGCUGAGUUGUUAUUCCAUCAGCUGUGAAUAAGAAAUAAGAGUAAUCUAGCAUUUUGUUCCCCCCCCCCCAGUCCACAGGUAUGGCUCUGUGUGCUAUACCAGUGGAUAGGUUAAGUCCAUUUUAUUAGUUAUUGCCCUAUUGGUUUUCAGCCCUGUGGUCUGACUGUUAAAGGGUUAAUUAACUUGAUCCUUUGUAAACAACUUUAAAAAAAUGAAAACUGAUGUUUUGUGACUUUUGUAAUCUAUUGAAUGUUUCCAUUUGCAUGAUGUUCUGUAUCUAACUGACCAUACAGAUUGCUGUGUUCCUUUCAAAAGAGUUUUAACAUUGGUGGAGAUUGUGACAAACACAAAUUUGUAUACAGUAUGGUUUCUGCUGUGAUAACUCAGCUAAUCCUAUUUGAAUUGACAUUAUGUUGUCCUGCCUUCUUGGGUUAAAUGACAAAGUGUUUCUAGAUGGUGAAGAAUAUGAAAGCAUAUAUGUUCAUUUGCUAAAGACUGAAUAAUGGAAACUCUUCUUGUUGCUUCUUUAUGCUAAAAGCAAAAAAAAAAAGAAAAAAAAAAAAGAAAAAACAAGAAAAAAGAAAAAAAAGUUAAUUAUUGUUUCAAAAAAUGCAUCAUUUGUUUUGAAAAUUGAAGUAAUUCCCAUGUUAACUCUUUCCUGUCCUUGUAGACAAUCCCAGAUUAAUGCCUUGUGAGGGAUUCAUGAAGUCUGUGCUUGUAACAUGUGUAAUAUGAUCAUGCAGUCAAAUGGUUGGGAAAAACACUCUAGUGCCGAAGAAAAUAAUUAAAAGAAGCCAAUAUACUGAUUCUUACAUCUUUAUGUUCAAAUUGAAAUUACAGUGUAAUGCAUAACUGUUCCAGUGAAUAAACUGGCCAUUUUUGUUCAUUUAA